GAGCAGGCUUUGUACGCUAUGCUAGAUAAGCAGACGCCGCUUGUGGUAGUGCUCCUAACAGGAGGGGGCAAGAGCUUGCUAUUUACACUGCCGGCAUGCAUUGAGGAGAACGGGGUGACCGUCGUAGUAGUGCUGUACCAGGCGUUGAUCAAGGACUUGGUAAGCUAG